AUGAUGAGCCAUGAUGUUGCAGGUGAGGAACAGAAAAGCACGACACAGCCACCACAUCUGCUAAUUAUGUCCACCGCCAACCUCCCCCAAAAAGUAACCAUUAUGAAGGGCGCAGCGCCAGAUCUCUCUGCUGCAACUUAUCAAAUUUUUGACGAAUCCCAUACUAUCGGCAACCCGCUUCGUUGGAUGCUCAUGAAGAACCCGAAAGUAGAGUUCUGUGGAUAUAGCGUCCCCCAUCCUUCAGAAAACCUCAUUCAAGUCCGAAUCCAAAUGUACGACAAUCUAUCGUCCCUCACAGCACUUAUCGAAGCUCUCUCCAACCUCGACUCACUCUUCUCAACCAUCGAAACAAAAUACGUCGAUGAUCUCAACGGAGGCGACUACGAACGUUGGGAGGAAAAGAGCUAG